CAAUGUUCAAGCUGGUGGUGUUGUUCUCCGUGUUGGCUUUGGCGGCGGCUAAGCCUGGCCUGGUGGCUCCUUUGGCGUACUCGGCUGUGCCAGCUGUGAGCUCCGUGUCGCAGUACAGUUCUAGUGUGGUCCACGGGUCACCAGUAGUUCCUGCUGUGUAUGGUGCGUCUGUGUACAGUGCGCCUGUUGUGGCUGCCCCCGCUGUGGUGCCUGCUGUCGCUGCGCUGUCUCAAGCUCCUCACUCCCCCGCUGUAGUCCUGGAUGCCGUCAACGGAGUGCCCCUCGACACACCUGAAGUGGUAGCCGCCCGCGCUGCUCAUUUCCAAGCUAAAGCUUUUGCUGGACAUCACCUUGGCAAGCGCUCCGUGGCCCCCGUCGCUUAUAGCGCUGUCGUCUCCCCAGUGGCCCACAGCGCUGUGGUUUCCCCUGUGGUAUCAGCCUACUCGGCCCCUGUAGUAUCAGCCUACUCAGCCCCUGUAGUCUCCGCUUACUCAAGUCCCGUUGUGUCAGCUUACUCCGCACCCGUAGUAAGCGCUCCUUUGGCUUACUCCGCUGUCGUCCCCAAAGCCCUCAGCGUCCACCCAUGGUAAUCAACUGAUCGCCGAAUAUAUUGUAUUAUAUCAGAUCGCAUCUAAAAAAUACUAUGUAUAUAUUACUGCACUGCCA